AUGCCUCCAAAUUCUGUCCUUCAGUCUUCAACAGCAGUAGCAACACCUGUCUUCCAUCAGCACCCCACAGACUCCCAUUGCUUUAGUUUCAGUGUUCUGGCUCAACAGCCAGGUCAUAUUGUGCCUCCCAAGAUGGAACCUGACCUUCAAGUGCUCAAUAAUCCUUAUAUUGCCACAAUUCAGGGAGACCAAGUUCCCAGUAAUACAUCUUGUCUGCCAACACCCCAGCCCAACUACCAGUCUCAGUUUAUCCCCCACCAGCCACCUGCUACUGUCCCCAACUCUUGUAUUGACCCCUCCCUUGAUAGCUCACUCUCAUUGAGACAAACUUCAGCAACUGCUGACAUUUGCCACAAGAGUUUGGGGAAGCUGUCAUCAGAGGGCUCCUCAGAAGAGGAGUCAGAGUCCUCAAGUAAUAACCCAUUGGACACAGAGGCUGGCAAGGUCUCCAGCAAUGAGUUUGACAAAGAUGAGGAUGAUGCAUUUGGAUGGGGUGCAACAAAUCUUAGGCAAUCAACUCAUCCUGGUACAUGUCGGAGGUUAUUAUGGUAUUGGCUCAAUGUUCUUUGUUAG